AUGGAGAGCGACGAGUUCCAAGCCAAGACGGCGUCCUUCUUCGCCUGGCUUGGGAGAAUCGGUGUGCAUCACUCUCCAAAGGUUGCGCUCGUUGACUUGAGGUCAGCAGGUCGAGGACGAGGACUUGUCGCACAGUCAGACAUCGGGGAGGACGAGGUUCUUUUUACCAUUCCGCGCGACGCAGUUUUGAACACUACUACGGCCCUCGGAAGCGCUGAUAAUCCUGCUAUUCUCGAGAUGCCUUGCUGGCUGGCCCUUACCGCUAUCAUACUCACCGAAGGCCAACAAGAAGACUCUAAAUGGGCACCGUACCUUGCGCUGCUGCCUUCGCGGCUUGACAGUCUCGUUUUCUGGUCCGAGUCAGAGCUCUUGGAAUUGCAAGCCAGCACCGUUGUGAAUAAGAUUGGAAGAGCCAGUGCUGAACAGUUGUUUUUGGAGCACAUCUCCCCUCUGGGACUGAGCAAUACGAAUACCGAAAUGUGCCACAAGGUCGCGUCUGUAGUCAUGGCGUACGCCUUUGAUAUUCCCGAGAAAAAGGGACACGACGACCCCGAAAGUCCCGAAGAUGGUGAUGACUUGGUUUCAGAUAACGAAGAAGAAGAGAACACUAUCUUGUCUAUGAUUCCUCUGGCGGAUAUGCUCAAUGCCGAUGCAGAUGGAAAUAAUGCGAGGCUUUGUUGCGACAACGAGGAACUAGAAAUGAGAAGCAUCAAACCUAUUUCGAAAGGAGAAGAGAUUCUCAAUGAUUAUGGCCAACUUCCCCGAUCCGACCUCUUGCGCCGAUACGGAUAUAUCUCGGACAAGUAUGCUGCCUAUGAUGUAGCCGAAUUAUCAACUCAGUCCUUACUUGCAAGUCUUUCCACGGAGCAACCCCUUCUUGCGGGUGGAACUUUGCAGCCUCUGAGUCGCGAAAAACUGGAGCAGAGAGUUGAGCUGGCCCAGCGAGAAGGAGUCUACGAAGAUUCGUAUGACCUUACUCAUCCAGGACCUGACGACCCGAGUAUUCCAGAUGAGCUUUUGGCGCUGCUUUAUAUUCUUUUGUUGGACAAUGAGAAUCUCGCCGCUAUCGAAACCUCUCACGCUUCAUUGCCUAGUCGGUCCAAACUGGCGACUAGCCUCGUAGGUCAGAUUCUGACGAAGAUCCUAGAAUCGAGAAAACAAGAGUAUGCGACUACUAUUGAGGCCGACCAAGCGAUACUCCAAGCAGACAAUCUUCCCUCUCGGAAAAGGAUGGCAGUCGAAGUACGCCUCGGUGAGAAGUUGGUGCUGGAGAAAGCUAUCCAAGAAGCGCAGUCGUUAACUGGAGACAAUAAGCGGAUGAGAUUCAAGCAAGAGACUCCGACCAACUCCGCAUUCAAGCACACUAAAGGCAAGAGAAAACCAGAGGAGGAUGGAUCUGGAAGGAAGAAAAUACGACUUAGGUGA